AUGACGUCAGCAACCGGACAAGGGCCACCAAACGAGGACGAGGGUCCUAUCAUUUUGGGGGCCACCUUGACAGUCACGAUCAUGGCUUUGAUUACUAUGGCAACGAGGCUUUUUGUUAGAAUCUCUAUGAUGCGACAAAGGAGUCUUGGAUGGGAUGACUACAUGAUGCUAUCGGCAAUGGUUCUGUGUAUUGCUGGUCAGAUCGUCAUUAUUCCGCAAGUCUACUAUGGAGCCGGGCGACAUAUUCAGUACAUUGAACCACAUGAAUUCGCGAUGGGCUACAAAUUCAACUUCAUCACCCAGCCAAUCUACGUGGUCGCCAUUGCCCUUGUCAAAAUAUCCGUCGGCUUCUUCUUGCUGCGCAUCGCAGUGCGCGCAGUCUACCGCCGCAUCAUCAUCGGAAUCAUGACAUUCAUGGCUGUCUAUACCACAGGAUGCUUCUUCACAAUCAUUCUGCAAUGCACAAAUAUCGCAGUCCUGUGGGACCACACGGUCAAGGCGACAUGCUGGAGUGUCCCCACCAUCAAGAUACUUAGCUACCUCAACGUGUCGCUGAACAUCGUCACGGACGUAUUGUUCUCGAUUGUCAUCCCCAUCCCACUGCUGUGGAAUGUGCAGAUGAACAAGCGGCAAAAGUCAUCGCUGCUGUGCAUCCUCGGCCUGGGAGUCUUCGCAACAGCCGCCGCCCUAGUGAAAACUUCCUUCCUCCCCUCCUACGGCAGAACUGGCGACUGGCUGUGGGACAGUCGCAACCUCACAAUCUGGACCGUCGUCGAAUGCAACACCGGUAUCAUUGCGGGUAACCUUCCCUGCCUGAAGCCCUUAUUCCGCGUCGUGCUCGGCUCGACCUACGGACGCGGCAGCCGCAAGAACACCGCGCCACAGUACGGCUAUGGCAGCCGUCCGUACGGCGCAGGCUCACAGCAAAGCGAUGCGAAGGGUUGGGGCACGUUGGCGAGUAACAAGACGGCGGACAAAACGGAUGGGUCAAGGGCGUAUGGAAAGGCUGAUGAGAGUUAUAUGUUGACGACUAUCAAUGCGGGGAGGGAUUCGAAGAUGAAGAGUGGGACGCCGAGUGCGAGUGUUGAGGAGGGAGAUAACAUGGAGAACAGCAGUACAGAGAGCUUGCAUAGGCAGCAUAGCGGUAGGCGAUUGGGCGGUAUCACAGUCAAUACCGAGGUCAACGUGGUCGAGUCGGUUAAUACGCUGGACUUUGGAUUCGAAGAUUAUGACCGGCGUGAGAGGAAGGACAUGGUCUAGCGCGAGGGCUUGAUUUGUUGCUUAUUACCAACAGUAAUGUGAUUGCAUGUUCGUGUUCAUCACUUAUUGAGCUGGAAGCGUGAAAGUGGU